AAAAGUUCAACGAAUAUUGUAGGUAAGGAGGUGAACGAUACAUAGAUAUAUGACUUAGUGAGAGGCUAUUCAGUUGUAAACAUAAACACGGUUGAUCCGCGAAAGCUGCUGAGGGCCAAUCCAAGUCUGUUACAUUUGCCGAAUAAAUUCGGUGUAUGUAUGCAGCUAGAGGAAGAGGAGCUCGGUCGAUCUUUCUGCGCUGAGUGGACACGAGGAUUAUGUCACGAAUACAAGUCGACGAUCAUCACAAGGCAUUUGCUGCCUCGGCCCCACUCCUCACCAACCACUGGAGGACUUUGCUCAAGAAGCUUGGCGUGACCCAAACAGAUAUCCAGGAGGUCGCCAACUUACAUCGACACAGGCGGCCUGACGAAGUGGUGCACCAAGCGUUGAUUAAAUGGCAGGAAAUAAUCAUGGAAGAUGCCACCCUCGAUACUCUCAUAAAUGUCUUAAAUGAAAUGAAUCUGGUGGACGCAGCAGAAACGGUCCGCUUACACAAGAAGCAGCAGGAGAAACCAUCUGUCGUCAUCGAACGUAUGGAACAUGUGCAAAAAGGAGAUGCGAGAAACUUCAUGGCCCAGGUUGACCGGGAUACUCGACUCAAGGAACAGCCCAUGCCAGAGCCUGAAGCUCUGCCCCUGCCGAUGACGAGGCAGAGAGAUGCAAGUCCUGUGUUUGACCCGUCCUUGUUAUCACCGCACUACAGACCCAGCCAGCGCGACAGACCCAGCCAGCGCGACACACCCCGCCAUCGCGGUAUCGACAUGAUCAGCAUAUCCACAGCGAUUGACAUACCCACGGAGAGGAUCCGAGGAAACUUUGGCUCCAUUGUGCCAAGAGUACGAAGCGCAGAAACUUCAAUACUUCCUGCACCCAGUACAAUUGGCUCCAGUGCCAGUCACUACCAAGUACAACAUGCACCCAUGUUGUCGUAUAGCGAAAUAGGCACACCCAUAUCUGUAAGGACUCUCCAAGUUCGUGGGACCCCGCCGGCUGAGGAGGAACCGGUCAAAAUCUUCGAUUAUAACUAUGUUUCGUCUCUCAUCUCACCUCUUCAGCAGUUCAAACGAGAGCCCCGGUAUGGCGGCAUCACCUUUCUUGAAGACAGCAGCAUUGCUCUUCUCGACAAGGCCAACUCGCAGAUCGAGAUUCACGAAUGUCAGAGAAUAUUCGACGGGAAGAGGUUUGCAUUUCGGCGGGCGUUUAAGAUCCCCCAAGGCAGGAAUUCAAAACUUAGUGGCAUUGCUGCUCAUCAGAAUGUGAUAAUUGUGUUGGAUGUUGGCGACCGGUGCCUCAAGUUCUUCACCGCAAAAGGACAACAAGCUGGCUCGAUAAAGUUUCGCCACCAACCAAAAUGUAUCGCGUUGAGAGACAGCAGAGCUGCGAUUGCAUUCUGGAACCCAAAUGUCAAAAGGGGCAGCAUUGUAACCUACAGGGUUAAUAUCAAAACGGACAAAACAGGCCAGAAGACAUUCUCCUUGUUUUUGCCGAACUCAAUUGCUGGUGUGACUAACAACUAUUCGGAUAUCGCAAUAACGGAGGAGCAAGAAGUGGUGUCAAUGACAGUGGAUGGACGCUUGGUCUUAUUCGGGUUCAAAUCUCAGCUCUCUUCGACCUACGUCUGUCAGGCGGUUGCAGACUGCACUGAUCUGCGCUGUGUCCGCUAUUCAAAAGAUGGUGUACUUGUCUGUAAUGGCUACAGGGAUACUUUAACUCAGAUUCCUUUGACAGGGAAGGACCCUUCCCGGGCUUUUGAUACCAAGAACAGCCGCCCAAUCCUCAAUGAAGAGGAUGGCAUCAAUGGUGUGAAAGGAUUCGCAGUCUUUGAGAAAGACAAUGAUAUUGCUGUUAUAAACAAUUUUGGGAGCCAGGUUCAUAUGUAUGGCAAUAGAAAGAUUGAGUACAAGGAAAAACAAUAGCGUAAGAAUUCACCCUAAGACUGAUUUUGACCUAGUUGUUAUCGGAACUUUGAUAAUAAGAAAAACCGAUCUCCUCUAUCCAAUUAACAAAAAAGGUGCGCUGUUAUCAAGAAAUUUACGCUAUUUGUCUGCCUCUAUUGAAUUACCUUCAACAUUCGCUGAGUUCCGAAAGCAGACUUUGACCGGAACUAUAACCCUAAGUUACAGGCCUUCAGUCCGUCAACGCGCGAUGGGGACGAACGCUUUUUUCCAGGAUGAUAUUUGAGACUGAUUGAAAGUGUUUUCCAGGGUGAUUUUUGAGACUGAUAGAAAACCUGUCAUUAUAACAAUUGCACUAUAGGAUUAUUAUCAGGUUGAGUAAUACAAUGACAUUAUUAUAAGUCGUAUUCCGCAAGACUAUUGUAGGAUGACUUUUAUUCAAGGAGAACUUGUAUUUCCAUCACAUUGGUAUUGUAAACCGGCACAUUUUUCGCGAGUGCAUUUUUUACAAUUUCGAAAAUAACAAUCGCGAAAAUAUAUCUUUCUAAACGAAAAACGACGGCAAGAAUAUUUGGCGUUUUCAGAAGCCAGGCAAUUUGGAGCUUGGAAAGUUUCAAUAAAUAUCUUUAAUCGUGUUCUCCAUCAAAUUCAUAAAGCGCUUCAGGUUUGGACCUACGUUUAAGCACUAAUCGGUCUCGGAUUUAGUACAGAUUGAGACCCGCCAGUGCGGUUUCAAUUCCAUAAACUUACGUUUGGCGACAUCACUGACCCUCUUUAGUGGCCCUAUAAUAUAAACGACAUGUAUGACGAAAGAAUAUGUAUGGACAAACGCUGCGUGCUGCUGUGCGUCGACCAAUUUUUUUUGCUGUAAAUGAAAAGAAUUAAAAUUA